AUGAAAAAUAGCAUAAAAUGGACAUACCGCAUUGCGAAGACCCACAUUCACGUAACAUCACCGAAGGGGAAAACUCGGUCACAAGAGGAUCAAGGCAGUCCUGUUGGCAUGGCAUUCCCUGACGUCAUGGCAAGGGCGGAGUUUUUCUUGGACUUUGUAUUUGCACUGGCCGUCCUUGUGGUCGUCGCCAUCGCCCGUCCAGAUAGCCCUCCUACCUAUGGCUACUCUGCUCCCACACCCUCUUAUGCACCACCCGCCAAGUACGACUUCAACUACGCCGUCAACGACCCACCAUCGGCCAACGACUUCGGACACCAGGAAGCCCGUGAUGGCGACAACACACAGGGAUCCUACUACGUCCUUCUUCCCGACGGUCGUCUGCAGAAGGUGACCUACAAUGUGAACGGAGACUCCGGUUACGUGGCUGAUGUGACCUACGAGGGAGAGGCUCAGUACCCCACCCCAAAGGCCUCCUAUGGUCCUCCUCAGCCAUCCUACAAGCCCCCCACCCCUUCCUAUGCUUAGGAUUUAGUGCCUCGAAUAUUUAUUGAUCUCGAUUCUUUGUAAAUAUUAAAUAUUAAACAAGCAUGAUUUAA